GCAACUGGCUGUGGCAAAUGAGACCAUUGCUAGCUUGAAGCAACAAAACGAGAUGUUGGCUCGUCAACAGCAGGAGCUUUACAGUCAGAUUGCGACGUUGCAAAGCAUCGUAGCGGAAGUCAAGGCUACAAGUAAAGGUAUCGGGAUUGGUGCGGGUUUUGCGCCCGCCAUUACACCCAUCGCUGGGCCGCCGGGCCCGCCACCGCCUCCUGAGCCUGAGAUCUUCGACAUAGGAGAUCCCGAGGAGGGUGAGGAAGAACAGGUUGAUGAUGAUCCCAUUGUUGAGCCGCGAGCUGUUGGUAACAAUGAUCGGGGUUUUGAUGGUGGUGCUGAUGCGCAGCCUCAUGAUGAAAAUGAGGAAGAGGACUAUGAAGCAGCUACUUACAAGUACAAGGAUCUUCAAGACCUGAAGAUGCCACAGCUUCCAAAGGAUAAUGUGCGUUUCAGAUCGUGGCGCAACGCGCUGCUGACGCAGUACUCUGCUAUUGAUCGCACGGGUCAAGCCAGGAGGACGUUCGGAUGGCUCUGGGAGCAAUUCUCAGAUCACUUGGCAGAGCUGCGUGAAGACGCCAACGAACGUCAGGAUGCUAAUGCAAAGGCAAAGUCGAUUGCAACAGCAGUUCCCGCAAAGGACACCGCCGUUCCAGCAGCGCCCGGAAAGCCUCCCAAAGGGCGCUUGCUACACUUGCCACCUUUGUUUGUCCUGACUUUUCUGCGAUUGCACAUGAAGCUUGGUCGCAGCUUGACCUCUUUUGAGUCGUUGAGGGCUCAGGGUGUUUAUACCGAUGACCUCGUAUGUCACGAGGAUGAGCCAGUAUCCUUUGAAACGGGACUGUUCCGCAGCGGUACCCGGGAUCCGGAGGGCGAAGACAUCGAUCUGCUUGCGGAAAGUGACCUGUACAGGAUUCUCGGACUCCCGCGCAGCGCGAAAGCCGAUGACAUCAAGCGAGCCUACCGCAAGCGGUCUCUGAGGUUUCACCCGGACAAGAAUCCGGACGACCCCGAUGCCAAGCUCAAGUUCCAGAAAGUCGCCGAGGCCUUCACGGUGCUGUCAGACGAGAACAAGCGUGCAAAGUACGACAACUCUGGCGACAUGGACCUAGAGGGCUUCGACGUGGAGACCUUCAUGGAAAUGGUGAAUGCUGCAGGGCUGAAGUUCCAGAAGCAAGACCGCGGUUCGGACGAGCGUGAUGGCCGCGACGACUUCCCGGAGGAGGUGCCUUCGCGAAGUGCCAUGGAUCGCUUGGCGGGCCUGGGUGUCUCUGACGAGGAGCAGGGCGAUGCAAUAGCCAUCGGAGAUGGAGACUACGACGCGAAUCCGUUCCUCCUCGGCGCCGAAGCGUCCAAUCCGGCGGAGGUACCCAUCUUCGCAUCCGAAGGGGGUGCAGAGGCACAACAAGCAGCUGCCGCGGCUCUGCGGCACCUUCCUGCAGGCCUUCUGAACACAGGGUACUACGUCCGCUUCUUUCAAGAGACGAAACUGCUGGGCUCUGGAAGUUUCGGGGCAGUCUACCUCUGCCGUCACGUUCUAGACGACAUGAUGCUGGGCGACUAUGCUGUGAAGAAGGUGCCGGUCGGAGACAACAAGGUCUGGCUCCGGGACAUGGUGCGGGAAGUGAAGACUUUCGAGCGCCUACAUCAUCCGAACAUAGUGGAGUACAAGCAUUCCUGGUUGGAGCUGUCCAGGCGUUCCGAGUUCUGUCCCUUCGUGCCUUUCCUCUUCAUCCUCAUGCAGUACUGCAACGGCGGCUCUUUGGCGGAGCAGAUAUGGUACGACGGCAACUCCCAGACGCCCAAGGACCAGAUGCCCACCGAACAGAUCUGGCACUUCCUCUUGGACAUCCUCCUGGGAUUGCAGCACCUGCACAGGCAGGGCAUCCUGCACCGGGACCUGAAGCCGACAAACAUCCUUCUCUCCUGGCCCGACAACAGCAACAGGGGAGGAGCCGGAUCCGAGAUGUUUCCCAGGGCGCUGCUGAGCGACUUCGGAACGGCUCAAGCCUUUGGAGAGCCACCGGCCAGUGCGACGGCAGCGGCGUCGCGCGGCUACACGGGCACUGUCGAGUACACGGCGCCGGAGCUGCUCCUCAUGGAGGACUUUGAGAGGGAGUAUUCUGAGAAGAGCGACAUGUGGCCGAGAUCUCAGGAGUAG